GGUGAAGGCCAUGUCGCCUCCUGGGAAGGUUCCCCGGAAGGAGAACCUGGGGCUCCAGUGCGAGUGGGGGUCCUGCUCCUUCGUCUGCUCAGCCAUGGAGGAGUUCUGUGAGCACGUCACUCAGCACCUGCAGCAGCACCUGCACAGCCCUCAGGAGGAGGAAGGAGAGGAGGAUGAAGAUGACAACCCACUUGAGGAAGAAUUCUCCUGCUUGUGGCAGGAAUGUGGCUUUUGCUCUCUGGAUAAUUCAGCUGACCUCAUCCGCCAUGUCUACUUCCACUGCUACCACACCAAGCUCAAACAGUGGGGACUGCAGGCCUUGCAGAGCCAGGCCGACCUCAGCCCCUGUAUCCUGGACUUCCAGAGCCGGAACAUCGUUCCUGACAUCCCUGACCACUUCCUAUGUCUGUGGGAACAUUGUGAGAGCUCCUUCGACAACCCUGAGUGGUUCUAUCGGCAUGUGGAUGCACACUGCCUGUGCUGUGACUACCAAGCAGUCGGCAAGGAUAACCACGUGGUGCUGUGUGGCUGGAAAGGCUGUACCUGCACCUUCAAGGACCGCUGUAAGCUUCGGGAGCACCUCCGCAGCCACACCCAGGAGAAGGUGGUGGCCUGCCCGACCUGCGGCGGCAUGUUUGCCAACAACACUAAGUUCUUAGAUCACAUCCGUCGCCAGACCUCCUUGGACCAUGAGGAAACUGAGUCUCAGAGAGGUUAAACCACUUACCUGAGAUCACACAGCUAAACAGCGCUUCCAGUGCUCUCACUGUUCCAAGAGAUUUGCCACAGAGCGACUGUUGAGGGACCACAUGCGCAACCACGUGAAUCACUAUAAGUGCCCUCUGUGUGACAUGACCUGCCCACUGCCUUCCUCUCUCCGCAACCACAUGCGCUUUCGCCACAGUGAGGACCGGCCCUUUAAAUGUGACUGUUGUGACUACAGCUGCAAGAAUAUGAUUGACCUCCGGAAACACCUGGACACCCACAGCAAGGGCCCGGCCUACAGGUGUGACUUUGAGAACUGCAGCUUCAGUGCCCGGACCCUCUGCUCCAUCAAGUACCACAUCCGCAGAGUGCAUGAAGGAGACUCUGAGCCAAGGUACAAGUGUCAUGUGUGUGACAAAUGCUUCACACGCGGCAACAACCUCACCGUGCAUCUGCGUAAGAAGCACCAGUUCAAGUGGCCCUCAGGGCACCCCCGUUUUCGGUACAAGGAGCAUGAAGACGGCUACAUGCGGCUGCAGCUGGUGCGCUACGAGAGUGUGGAGCUGACACAGCAGCUGCUGCGGCAGCCACAGGAGGGCUCAGGUCUGGGAGUGGCGCUGAGUGAGAGCAGCCUGCAGGGCAUCAUUCUAGAAACAGAGCUGGCGGAGCCAGGACUAGAAGAAGAGGCAGAAGGAGGGAGUGGGCGCAGUGAGGGGACAGCCCUCUCUGCCUCUCAGGACAGCUCAAGCCCUGUUAUCCACGUGGUGAAUCAGACCAAUGCCCAAGGCCAACGAGAGAUCGUCUACUACGUGCUGUCUGAGACUCCAGAAGAGCCACCCUCAGUCUCUGAGUCACCCUCAGGGGGCUUGGAAGAAAAGCUUCCAGGAGCAGCCGAGGAGCCCAAGGUCCAGAUGGCAUGAAGGCUACCAAGCCUGACCAUUCCUAUCCCAGUCCUUGGAGUUUGAGCCAGGCAGGUAGCAGUGUCCCCAGUGGGCAGCCUUUGCCAAUGAAUGCCUUCAGGAGUGGUGCUGAGAACAGUGUGGUCCUCUGUGGGCCAGGUUUGCAUCAUUCUACAGAUUCUAAGAACUUCUGAUUUUAGCCACACUGCAUUUUGUAAGGAUCCUGAGGAGUUUGGGUUCUUUGAGGGGAUCCUGGAUAUGUGUGUUCUCAUUGCGGGGUUCUUGUGAUAAGUCUUUUUUUUUUUUUUUUUUUUUACUGGAAAUUGAACUCAGGACCUUGCGCUUGCCAGGUAGGCGCUUGGGCUGCUGAGCUAUAUCCCUAGCCCUAUCAGUCUUAGCUAUUACCCCCUUAAUGUUCUGGGCAGCAGUUAAAUUCUUAGUCAACUCACAUCCAUUCCCAUCUUUAGGAGUCUGUAGGCCCAAAGGUGGUGAAUGGUUAGUCGCUUACAGAGGCUUUUUCCUCAAUAC